UUCUCAGCUCAAUGGCUGUGGCGGAGGAGAACGCCGGCGACGGUGCCGCCGCGGCCACGGCCGCCGGAGAGAAGAUCAAGAUUGGCGUCUGCGUCAUGGAAAAGAAGGUGUUGUCUGCUCCCAUGGGCCAGAUCCUUGAGAGAUUGCAGGCAUUUGGAGAAUUCGAGUGGCAGAGGACUAGUGGCAUAUGCUGAUUCCAAGUCAGACAUUGGUUCUGAAUUAUCUCAAGCAUCUAAAAGGAAGAAAGUUGUAGUUCUUGGAACUGGUUGGGCAGGGACUAGUUUUUUGAAAACUCUAGAUAGUUCCUUGUAUGAUGUACAAGUGAUAUCACCUCGUAACUAUUUUGCAUUUACCCCAUUGUUACCAAGUGUCACAUUUGGAACGGUGGAACCACGUAGUAUUGCUGAACCAAUACGUAAUAUCAUCAGAAAGGAAAUAAUCAAAGAACUGAUGGAAAGGCUACCACACAUGAAAGAGCUUAUGGAUAUGUAUUGUGGCCCUGAUAGAGUGACUGCAAAGCAACAAAUGUGGGAGUUAGACAGAGUCGCAAAAACUCUACAAGAGAAUAAACCUUCAUCUGUGAAGAGGUUUACUGAUCGUGCUGUUCUUUCACUUUAUUUUUUUUUCAACUUAGUUUAGUUUCCUGUAAAUCUUAUAAUGUGUCAUUCUCUGAAAUGGAAAACACUGAAUAUGACAAACUGGAAUAUUUAAACAGGCAUUUGAGUGUUGACUUGGAAUUGGAAUGAAUGUAAUUAUUUUGUAAUGGGAGCAAAUUCUUUGUUUAUCAUAAUAUGCAACUUGU